CACGCAGGCGCCGGCAGCGGCAGCGGCAGAGAAAGUUCCCGGGGAGAGCUGGCCCCGGGAGGGCUGACGUCCAGCCGCCCGCCGCGAGGGUCGCGGGUCCCGUGCGCUCCAGCCCGCCUUCCCCCGAGCGCCCCGGGCCGCCCCGAGCACCGCCGGCGGGCAGUCGCCGCCAAACUUGGAGCGGGAGGAUGCUGCGAGUGGGAGCGCGGGGCGCGGGGGCGCCCUGAGUGCCCCGGGCGGGAGCCCGCGAGCGUCGUUGCGAGGCUGAGCGGACAGGUAGCGGCUCCAGCGCCGGGACUGCGCCAGCGCCACCGUCGCCUCCUCGCCACAGAGCCAUGGUGUGUGUGGCGUGCACGCCGCGCGCGGGACUCUGAGCUCCGGCCGCCCUGCUCGCCCCCACCACCCCUUCCCUCUCGGCUCCGAGCCGACCUCGCCCGCGGGCCAGGAGGCUUUGCUUUGGCCAGGAGCCUGUCGCCUCUAAGCCUAGCGUCGCCCGCUGCAGCCCCAGCGCCUCUCAGCCACAGAUACCACUCCGGCCGCCAAAGCUCUCCAUCCUCUCCCAGGGACAGCGCGCGGGCGCUCCGGGAUGGCUCUCCACCGGCCCCCCAGGCCGCGCAAAGUUCGCAGGAGGCGAGAGAUGCUGCCGCAGCAAGUUGGCUUCGUGUGCGCGGUGCUGGCCCUGGUGUGCUGUGCGUCCGGCCUCUUUGGCAGCUUGGGGCACAAAACUGCUUCUGCUAGCAAAUAUGUUCUACCAGACACCUGGAGACAUAGAAAGCUGAUGGCAACAGUGAAUGGGACUCAGACAGCUAAGAAUUGCACAGAUCCUGCAAUUCACGAGUUCCCCACAGACCUCUUCUCCAAUAAGGAGCGCCAGCACGGAGCCGUCCUGCUGCACAUCCUUGGUGCUCUGUACAUGUUCUAUGCCCUGGCCAUCGUGUGCGACGACUUCUUUGUUCCUUCUCUGGAGAAGAUCUGUGAGCCUGGGGGUCUGUGGUCACUUCCAUUUCAGAAACUCCAUCUGAGUGAAGAUGUGGCUGGAGCGACCUUCAUGGCUGCAGGAAGCUCGACGCCUGAGCUGUUUGCCUCUGUUAUAGGCGUGUUCAUCACCCACGGAGACGUCGGGGUUGGCACCAUCGUGGGCUCUGCCGUGUUCAACAUCCUGUGUAUAAUUGGAGUUUGCGGAUUAUUCGCAGGGCAGGUGGUCCGUCUGACAUGGUGGGCCGUGUGCCGAGACUCCGUGUACUACACCCUCUCCGUCAUCGUGCUCAUUGCCUUCAUAUAUGAUGAAGAAAUUGUGUGGUGGGAAGGCCUGGUGCUCAUCAUCUUGUACGUGUUUUACAUUCUGAUCAUGAAAUACAAUGUGAAGAUGCAGGCCUUUUUCACAAUCAAACAAAAGACCAUUGCAAACGGCAACCCGGCCAGCAGUGAGCUGGAGGAUGGUAAUGAUUACGGUGAUAGUAAUUCUGAUGACCCUUCCAUGCCAUUGCUGGGGCAAGUGAAGGAAGAGCCUCAGUACGGCAAAACCCCAGUGGUGAUGGUGGACGAGGUCAUGAGCUCCAGCCCUCCCAAGUUCAGCUUUCCAGAGGCUGGCCUACGCAUAAUGAUCACCAAUAAGUUUGGGCCCAGGACCCGACUGCGGAUGGCGAGCAGGAUCAUAAUUAAUGAGCGGCAGAGACUGAUCAACUCGGCAAAUGGCGUGAGCAGCAAGCCCCUUCAAAAUGGAAAGCAUGAAAACAUCGAGAAUGGGAAUGUUCCUGUGGAAAACCCCGAAGACCCUCAGCGGGAGCAGGAACAGCAGCCCCCUCCUCCGCCACUGCCCCCAGAACCAGAGCUGUCCGAGGCUGGCUUUCUGUCCCCCUUCUCCAUGCCUGAGGCAAGAGGGGACAAAGCCAAGUGGGUGUUCACCUGGCCGCUCAUCUUCCUCCUGUGCAUCACCAUCCCCAACUGCAGCAAGCCCCGCUGGGAGAAGCUCUUCAUGGUCACCUUCGUCUCCGCCACGCUGUGGAUCGCCGUCUUCUCCUACCUGAUGGUGUGGCUGGUGACUAUUAUUGGCUACACACUGGGGAUCCCUGAUGUUAUAAUGGGCAUUACUUUCCUGGCAGCAGGCACGAGCGUUCCAGACUGCAUGGCCAGCUUAAUCGUGGCAAGACAAGGCCUUGGUGACAUGGCAGUCUCUAACACCAUAGGAAGCAAUGUGUUUGACAUCCUGGUGGGUCUCGGCAUACCGUGGGGCCUGCAGACCAUGGUUAUUAGUUAUGGGUCCACGGUGAAGAUCAACAGCCGGGGUCUGGUGUAUUCCGUGGUGCUGUUGCUGGGCUCGGUCGCUCUCACCGUCCUUGGCAUCCACCUGAACAAAUGGAGACUUGACCGGAAGCUGGGAGUCUAUGUGCUGGCUCUCUACGCCGUCUUCUUGUGCUUCUCGAUUAUGAUAGAGUUUAACAUCUUCACCUUCGUCAACUUGCCAAUGUGCCGAGAAGACGAUUAAAGCUGAGCCUCUGCCCCAGAGCUGUUCCGGACUCUCUGGCGCGGAUGUCCUGCUUUCUUUCCCUCCCCCACCAUGAGUCUCUCCUGCAUCCGUGGCCGCCAUCUUCUUUCAGACUCUGGAAGGAAGAGCCAUCGUGGUCUUUGGUCACCAGCCCGCCUGCUGGGCAUCCUCCUCCUCCUUGGAGUUCUGCGCCCGAGCAAGGCCAGAUUCAGGGCCCACUGUUUGAGCAGGCUUGCAGCCCCCUGAGCGGGCAGCCACAGGGAUGUGGCACAUCUCAUCUCUCCCAGAUGCCUGAUUCAGAAGGACCUCUGCGUGCAGUUUGACUUUCUGUUGUGCAACAGCCUCAGAAGUGAGGCAGUGGGUGAACACAAGGUCUCCUGGGACAAGCACAAAAUAGGAAUGUUGUUUUAAGUGUCUCCUCUAGGCCAGAGGGUGUGAGGUCCAUAGGUAGCACGUGCUACGAAGAGCCUCUGACUUCUGCUGGGAGCACUCUUGGUUUGGAGGGGGCCAGGCCUCAACCUGCUGGGGGUCUGGGGCCAGGGCAGCAGACAUUCCACCCCUUUUUCUGGAGUAAUUAGAAGAAUGGAAACAAAUUUCCACAGCAGAAGAGAGAAAACAAGUGAAUAUACCUAUCACUUCUAUUGAUGCAUUCAGCGAAUGAGCAAUGAAAUAUUAAAUAUAUGUCAUAUAGAUCAUCGUACUUGAAAAAUUUCAUUCUGUACAAAAAGACCAUGACAGGGACCAAAAAGGUGACACCUAUGGACAAUGACCCCUCCGUGUACCAUGAUGCAGUGACACUAAGACAUUGGGUUUGGAAUACAGAAAACAGUGAAAGACUGACAGCUAAAUGGGUGCUAUUUCAGAGACACAGUGGAGAGGUAGUUCACAGCCAUACAUCCCAGACCUUCUGUGUGAUGCGACACACUGUCAGUUCAGGUUUGUCAUUUCUUUGUUAAUGCUCUACUCUCAAAACCACCCUGUUGAGAGACCCAAUUAUCUAUACGCCCAACAAAUUUCAUAGCCUGCUGAACUGGAACGAGUGCGCCAGAAGUAACGGUUAAUGACAAGAACAGAGAUUUCCCGAAAAACAACGGAUUGCUCUCUGGUUAGCUGGAGGCAAGUAUGAAACCCAUAACUUGGAAUUUUUAAAGCUGAGUUUCUUGAACCUUGCAGUUUGCUACAUGUGAAAGGCCAAGGAUGGGAAGCUGAUACAAAAAAUAGAUAGGAAAAAUGUUAAACAAUUUUCAGCUGCUUCUUAGCCCUCAAAUAGAUAUUAAAAAGAUUUACGAACGCAAACCAUCCAUGGUUUCUAAAAAGAAAGCACAAUUAAUUUUAUAUAGAGAGGUUUCUUUUAUUUUUUUAAUGCUUCUAUUGCAAAAGUCUAUCAGAUUCGAUGCACUUUUAAUAUUGGGAUAUUUUGCACAGAAGACUAUGUGGGAGCUUUGCACAAUGGUGUGACGAAAGAAGGCUUUUAGCACUUCACCAAUAAUCAGUCAUUGGUGAUAAGUUUAAACCCAAAAGCUGCUUCCUUCUCAAAACAUGCAGAUUGUGACCUGAGGUGGAAUUUGUGGCUGUGCCCUUUAAGGCCACCUGACUUUCAGGAGGAGGACAUAUACCGGCUUGUGCCCUUUAGGUUAGCGUGAGCCUAAAUGCGACGGAAUUCUGUCACCACGGCUUCUAUUCUGGAUCCGCAUCAGUGUUAGUAGCUACACCACAUUAAGGCUUUUCUUUUUUGUUUCUCUACCUAGAUAUUGGGUUCAGUGGUCUUCAAGUGGAGGACAAGGGUGAUUUUCCUGAGAAAUUAGCUAAGUGGGCAUCUAGGGAGUCUGUAGGUCUAUCAGAAUAAACUUCAGAUGCCGGGGGUUUCAGAGCCCUCUGGGCAGCUUCGCAGAGCCCGCCCGCUCCCUUCAGUCGCACAGACUCAUCCAGGUUUCAAAGUGCAUCUGUCCCCAAGUUGAUGCUCAAAACUGCUCUGUGACAUAAGUAGGGAUUAUUCUUCCCAUUUAACAGAAAAUUUAGUCUUGGGGAGGUCAGGUGAUAAGGCCAAUGGUCAGGAAGCAGCAGAGCAGGGGCUGAGCUGCAGAUGAUCACCCCUCUUGGCGCCACCGUGGGCUGGCCGUCCUUGAGGGCGGGGAAGGGGGAUAGAUAUGUCUUUGCACUGUGGUUGGGUCUUAUUGUUUGAGUUAAAGCUUCAAUUAUUUAGUUGACUCCUGGUGGCCCAGCUCCUUUCCAAAUAUCUAACCCUAUCCAAGGUCGCUGUUUUUUCCUGAUAAAGACUAAAAAUUAUGUUCAGCUACAAGACACAGACCACAUGGUCCCUGACAAUGUCCCCUGGUGUUCACUUCUCUGAAUGCUUGUGAAACUUUCAGAAAACACUUCUAAUUACCUGCCUUUCCUCUGAAGAAUCCAUCUGAGAUUAUAAAGUAUACGUUGAGACUGGAAAAUAACAUUUUUAGCAUGUAGAGCACUCCUGGCUAAUUCUCUCUUGACAUUAACGUGCCAAUGUGACUUCCUUAAAGGAUGGAUCUAUGCGUUUAUUGUAUCUAGGAGACUAUAUACGAAUGCACUGUAGGUGAAAAAUUCUCUUUUCUAACUAAAUAUUUUUUUCAUCACAAGUUUAAAGAAUUGCUUGAUUAAUUAGGCUUUCAUUUUAAAAUAAUACUUUUAUCACUAUGCAGGAUUACUUCAUUUUCUUCCUGAAGCUAAUUAGCACGGAGUAAUUACUCUGCUUCAAAAAUAGGCAAUUAAAAAAGAAUGAAUUUAGCUCUUCUAAUUGGGGGCAGAGAAGAAAGAUGAGCCAGUGCCCUCAGAAAAUGUCUAGAGAAGCAGGAGCAGGUGCUUCCUGUUGAUUUCUGGCUUGGAAUUUGCCCUCACCAGCUCAAGCAUGGUCCGGUUGGAAGACGUGUGGUGUUUGAGAACCCGGCCCUUGGUUCUGGGUCAGGUGUAGUGAGACGCUAAUGGUUAAGACGCCGUGGGCAGGUUGGAGUCGCACCCUUGACCCACCUGUCCCAUAACCCAUGUCGUGUGCACAGACCUCACUGCCCAUGUGUGUUUUCACCUGCUCGUUACCCCCACACCUGUUAGGGCUGUUUCUUGCUUCUGCCUGUCAAUCCCCUACCUUUACCCACCCAAGCAGCUGAUGAGGUAUAACCUCCUGGUGCCAGGUUAAGCCAAGGAGGCAUGCACACCACCCUAUGGUGGUCCUGCAGGCCCCGACCAAAACCCUCUCCUGGGCUGCCCAGAGUCUAGGUCCCUAGGGAAGAAGCCACCCCAAUUCACUUCUGAUGAGGACCUGCCAACCCUGCAGCAUCAACAGGAGCCCUGCACUCAGGGAACACCAGAUCCACAUUCAGGUGGGAAUCCGGAAGGGUGCGGUGGCGUCCUUGCCGGACACCCUUCUUUGCUCCUGGUGUUCUCCUCCCUGAGGCAGAGGCCCCCUUCCCUCUCCUAAGGCAGGGUGGACAGAGGUGGGGUGGGCUGGGAGAGGGGCAGCUCCUCCUGCUGGGAAAAGCAGGGGAGAACCCCAGCACCAGGGGCUGAAGCUACUUGCCAUGCCCUGCUUGCCCUCCCCAGGCGUGAGAUGGGCCAGGGGUUCCCGUGUGGGGGCAGUGCGGGUUCGGCUGCCAUAUCGGGGCCUCCCGGGAGAGAGGCAGAGACCCUUCAGCUGGGGCUGGGGGCUCCUCAGUAAGCUGGGGUUCGGGCACGGAGUAGGCACUGAGGGGCAGGGUGGUCUCUUCCUUCUCUUCCCCCAUCUUCCCGUCCCUUGCACGCUGUGUUCCCCCCCCACCAGCUGAGACAAAUGGCUGUACUGUGUAUGUCACAGGCUCUCAGCAGAUGCUCAUGGCUUGAAUAAACAAGGAGCUUGCCUGUUAGGGUGAAAAAUCUGCAGGAGAUCACUCCCUUAUACCAUGAUUUAAGCAUCCCUAGGCCCCUCUAAUGCCCUCUGAACAUGAUUUCUGUGUGUCUUCCUCCCCUUGGGGCAGUUAACAGAUGUGUCCAGGGCACCUGAGAUGGUUCAUGUCUCAAAAGUUUCGUUGCCACGUCAUGGCCAUAGAAAUCCCAGAAAUUUCUGAAAACGCUCUCUUGGCAGCUCUUGGGUGGCAGGUAGUCCAUCAUCCCCACCCCCAGCCCACCUCAAAGUGCUGCCCCCAGCCGCUGCCCUCUCUGUGUGCAGGGACUCACCCAGAGCAUCUGGGCACCCACACCAGCCAUGAGCACUUACUCUGGGUAUUUCAGGUCUCUAAGCCUGAAGGUUUCCUUGGGGCCUUCUCAAGCCUGGAGAAGGGGCCCCUCCAGCGCCUGGUAAAUCUUCCCCACUAUGUCCAUCACAUGGGUGGCAGAACAAGAAGGUCUGUCCCUGGAUCCAUCCCACAAGGCGGACACAGGCGGGACACAGAUUUUGUUGCUCACCUCAAGCCCAGACUUUUGCACACCUGGCUUUGCAGGGCGCUUUGCCGUGCCACAGAGGACAUUCCCCCAAAGGGCACAGUCCCCCGAGGUAGCAAUUUCUAAAAGACGUUUAGGAUGUUUGCUGCAUUUGCUUCUUUAUAAGGAAAACUAAAUUGGGACACACGUUCUGUGCUCACCUUCAAGUCUAGUGGCCAACGGGAGACUGUCAGGCAGGUCACAGUGCUGCCCAACCUCAAGGAAACAGAUGCCGGCGUGAAAUGAGGGGAAGAGGCCCUUUCCUCCCCCUUCUGCCACCUGGGCAGAGUUAUUUUUUCCAUCCCAACAGGAAGCCAGCUGGGUGAUAUUAGAGCUUUGAUUAUUUUAUGAGGAUUUUAAAAAUUCUAACAUUUCAAUGACAAAUGGUUCCGUUCACCUCUGCUGAACCCUCACACACUGCCAGGGGCUGGUGGCCCUGCCUCGUGUCACCUUUCACCUUAGUGCUUCUAAGGCACCUCUUACAGUGUGGCGGUCCAGGUGUGAAGGCCGUGUACCCUCCGCGCUUAGGGGCUGAGAACCCUUUCUUCUAGUCUGGGAAAGUGUCUGCUGCCUGAAUGCCCUGACACAGAGCCAGAGCCAAUGGGAGGCAGCUCUGGAGUUGAAAAUACCCGCUGCACCUGUGUGAACGCCCAGCCCUUUCCAUCCAUUACGUGUGCGGGUCUGGGAUGGGCUGCUCCUUGGUUGAAAGCCUGACGAUAAAUACGGGCUUAAUCCACACCUAUUCCCACUGUUGCCAGAAUUCAAACAGUUGUUUUUUAUGCAAAGUGUUGGUUGGGACUUUUCUGUGGUCAAGGCCAAUAAAACCCUUAAUCCUGGAGAAAGUAUGUGCCCUUCCCACCCCACCACCAGAAAACAAGUUUUUAAGCUAUCAAGAGAAAGUAUGUGAGCUUCUGGUUUCAGGUUUCAUGGCUUGGCAAGAUCAGCCUUUGUGCCUGAAGGGAGGGUCCCAGACAACAGAGCCCUCCCUGCUCCCACUCCAGACUGCAUAAGAUAGGAAUUCCCCAGUAUCCAGGUGGACACGCAGUCCCCUUUCAACAGAAGGAGUGAGGCUUUCCUCCCACUGAAAAUAACGGGUAUGAGCAAGGCAGCUCUGUUUUUCUAAAUCAGAUGUUCUAAUGGGUUUUUUUCUGGUUGCCAGGGCAUCCCUGCCCUCCAGAGGUGCCCUCCGAGCUGUAGAACAUUUCCUGGAGCUUCCUCAACAUGGCUUGGAUCAAGGAUAUUUGGGGACCCCAGACAGAGCUGUGGCUGAACCUCUGUGACCAACUCUUGGGGAGCCUCCUCGGGGGGCUGCUAGUCUGGGAGGCUGGGUGCCUAGUUCAGAGCACAUGUUCCCUGGCAGGGCGCCCUCUGCAUGUGUCCCCUGUCUAGCAGCUGCCAGCCUGGAGUAGUUAGUUGCUGGGUGUCUGCACACAAAGAGAGCCUUGAUUACCUGGAAGGGAAAGAGGGCUGCCUGCCAGAUGGGGCCAGGCCUGUGGGCAGAGGCAGAAGCUGCCAAGGAAAGCGCCAAGCAGAGGAGAGAGGCCAGCGCGUCCCAGGUGCCCAAGAGACAGGCUGGGCAGUUUCUGCAGAGCUAUGGGAUCUUCUUGGGGCCCAGCCAUGAUCUUCCAAAUAGCAGGUUGAUAGAAUCAGAGGGCUCUUGUGUUCAGAAAGAACUCCGUACAAACCAAAACCAAGAACUUCUGAGACUGUUAUGCAAUCACUCGAGUCCCCCACAAGACAUUUCUGGCAUGCUGGGCCGAACACCGCCAUCUUUGUUCAUUCUAACCGGCAAAGCAGGAGCGAUAAGUUGAAAAGUUGUAAAUAACAAAUAUAUUUAUCCCGCUAUUUAUUUUUUCAAUAACUGUGACCUCCUGCACUGUGAAUGCUCUGUGAUAAUGAGAUUCUUAGUUUAAUGAAACUGUCACUGAAUUUGAAUGAAUUGAUAUUAUUGGUUACUAAACACUGGCAUGAGUUUAUUUUUAUUGUGAAGAAAAAUCUAGAGUCAAUAUGAACUAAAUCUUUAUAAGAAAUCUAUUAGUCAGUAUUGUAAUGCAAUAUAUCAAAAUCUGUACACUGUCAAUAAAAUAAAUGAGCACAAGCUGUCUUUUCCUACAUUAAGCUUCCAUUCAUGUUUUAAUAGACACGUAUUUGUAUUUUUGAAAGAAUUAUUGACACUGGAAUCACAGCCAUUUGAUACCAUUUCUAUUUGCAUAUUGAGAAAAAAUAAACAUCAAAAAAGA